AUGAAUUCCACGCGAGCCCCGAACCACCCCGUGACCUACUCAAGUCACUUCGAACCGUUGGCCAAGGUCUCCCACGUCAGCGUCACCAACGGUCAUCAAUUGGGAAAAUUUAAAGCUCCAGGGAUGAAUACGUCUUUGCCCGGACCAGGAGACUCCAAAAAAAAACUGACAAAGUUUUCUCCAAAGGUGGCAGGCAAAGGCGAUGCUCCCAACAAAUUACCUUUAGCUGGCACAUCAAAAGCCGCAAAUCAAUCCGUCUUCUCUAAGUUGGUCAAAACUUCCCUCGGCAUCAGGCAAGACACAAUCACGACCCCAACCAAGGGAAAGCAGAAAGCCGUUGAGCCCUUGGACGACAAAGAGGAGCAAUUGUUUGACAAUGGGAUUGACAACGAGGUCAAUCAAGACGAUGAGCCAAACAACGCACCCAAGACCCCACCCAAACGGGGCCGUCCUUGCAAAUCAAUUAUCCAAGAAGCCGCAAAACGCAUGAAGAAGUUUUAA